CUUCAGGGUACGUCAAUGGAAGGCACAUGUAAUUUUUCCUACUUUGAUUAAACCGCGUUUAACACGCUACCAGAUGACAGAGAGUUGUGAAAAGCGGGCCUGAAUUUGUAAGACUUACGUCUCUCCAACCUGUAAAAGGCACGAACCUAUUAUUAACAAAACCUAUUCAUCAUGAAACUACAGGACCGACAAAGGGAUGAAUCAAGAGACCACAACAAGAGGCAGAGAGAGAAUGGCAUCUCUUGUACAGCGUUCACAGUCUUUAUCACGCAUACAAUUUUGAUAAAAAUUGAGCGCGGACUGGAGACGGUUGGUACAGCAAUCGUUAGGAAGGGCUUGAUCGUGUGCUUCGUGUCAAUUGUGUUUCUUGGACUUUUUUGUAUUGGAUACAUGCGUGUUCAGACCAACGAUUGGCCCCCAGGCAUCUUCACAUGUAGUGGUAAUACAUUUUCCUCCAGGCUUGAAAAUGCAGCAAUUUCUUUUCCUAGACUCGACUCUUGGAAGUUAAAAGUGGUCUUUACCAAUAAGGAGAAACGAGAUGUGCUGGAUAGCGGAUCUGAUUGCAUGGUGGUAGCAACAAGACUGCGAGACAUCGUGGUCAAAAACAGUUCGCAGUUUGGAAGCAUUUGCGCCGACUGUAACCCCUCAAAUCUGGAAGAUUUUCAAGGACUUUCUGCGGAUGACAUAUGGACAAUAACAGGUCGUGGACAAAAUACCACGUUUACGCAAGAGUUGGUACAAGCAAGCGACAACUUAGCCUUCAUAAAUCUCGCUGUGGAGAAAAACAGCAGCUAUAAAGUAAGUGCCGAAAGAGCAGUGCUGAUCUUUUACUUGAAGAAUCCUAGAGACAAGACUAUAAAGAAGAACUAUGAUAAUUUCGAGGAAGCCCUUACUUCGUAUGUUCAAGAUGUACAAAUCCGCUCAAAGUGUCGGAUAGAAAGAGAUCAAUUCAAAGAGGAAGAAGAGAAGGUUGGGCUAGUUGUCUCACCGAAAACGUCAUAUAUACUUUACAGCGUACCAAUACUUAUAUUCAUUGGAUUCAUAUUUGCACUUCUCUUCCGCUUUGGAAUACUUUCCAUUACAUCUUUUUUUCUGGUCACCGUUAACACUGCGUUCUGUGUGAUUGUUGCAUUUGGUAUCUUCUCAAUCUUCCAUGUUCCAUUCCAUGAUAGUUUCAUAGUUGUACCUUUUUAUGUCUACAGUGCAGCAUUGAUACAUUGCCUCUUUCUUAUCAGCUCCAUUGAGACCUCGAUACAUUUCUCUUCCCCACGAAGAAGAGCUGGACACUGCAUGACAAAAGCAGGAUUUCUUAUCACAGUGACAUCCUUUGUUGUGAUGCUACUUACUGGUGUGGUGGCUUGGUCGUGCAUUGCUGCCAUCACCAAUUUUUUUAGCUUGCUGUUCUUGACUAUGUUUUUUAUCUACAUUACUAACUUUUUAAUAGUUAUGCCAGUUCUUGUCUCAUUAUUCCCACGGCCUCGUCGACAAAGAAACUCCAGUGCCCACUCUGAAAGGAACAAUAAUGCUUGCUGCGCAAAACUGGCAUACCGCUCAAAGAUUUGGAUCAACAUUGUGACAUCUCUGCCGGGGAAAAUAACACUUGCAAUAUCUGCAGCUCUUCUAUUAGCAGGCUGCAUUUAUGUAGUUGUCACUGGUCCGUCAACAAUUGACAGUCACGCAAUCUCAAGCUUUUACAAAGACACAGGAGAAAGAGCGCCGUUAUCUGACCGAGAGGAUGUCAGUUUAAUAUUAAAGGGGUUCGACUACGAAAACGCAGAGGUCCGAAAAUCGCUAGUGGAUCUUGGAAUAAGAUUUCGUUUAAAAUCAUACAGUGUCGGACCAAUACGAUCCUGGGUAGCUUCCUUUGAGCAAUGGAAAUCAUUUGAAAGGAAAAACUGUAAUAGAAGUGAGUUCCAAACAUGUCUAAAAUCAUUUCUUAACAAUCCAAUAACAUCCUCCUACGAAAGCGAUAUCAAAACGAGAAACAGCGCCAUAACUGAGUCACGACUUUAUUUCCCGGUGAGUACCAAGUCUCGCGAAUUGAAGAACGCAAUGGAAGACAUUAUAACCGAGACUUCGAGCCUUAGCGGAUCAAUCGAAAGGGUUUCCAGUGCAUUUCAAGCUGUCGAAGAUGUGACACUGUUCCAGACAGGAGUACUGAAGGCGAUCUUCUUGGCAGGGGCUGUCGUGCUGGUCGUUCUUUUUCUGAUGACUGCAAGUCUGCGUACACCGAUUGUUCUUCUUUUAACUUUUAUAAUGCUAACCCUGGAGCUUUGCGCUCUCCUUUACCUCUUUAAAGUACCUCUAAACCAGCUCACCUUCAUGUGCACAUUCCCUGUGGUUGUUUUUGCAUUCUCUUGGAGUGUGUACGUAGCACAGGCGUUUAUUAUUUCUAAGAUUCGCAGCAUAAAGGGUAAGACCGUAGAGGCUGUAUCCUCCACAUGUGGGCCCCUGUUAAUAGGGGCUAUUUUCCUAUUGCUUUGCUCUGUUGCUCUUGGCUUUGGCUUUAACCAACUUGAUGCCAUUUUGCAGCAAGUAGUUCCAAUAUUCUGCAUCUUUGGUAUACUUCAUUGCUUUGCAUUAAUGCCUGCUGUUCUGUCAACUUACGGGAAGAUGCGCAAGAGACUCGGACUAUCCAAGCUGCAUGUACCAUUCACCGAACAGCGGCGGUACACUGUUAUUGUUAGAAAAGCAAACAACGCAACUGUAAUAGAACAAACACAGACUCCAAACGAAAGAAAGACUGUCUCGUUAAUUGGUAUUGGUUGUCGUUUUCCCCUUGCCCCAAACAAGAACGAGUUCUGGAAAAUGCUUCAGCAAGGGCGAUGCGCGGUGUCUUCCUUUCCUGAAAACAGGAGUAAUGAGUAUGAGAAUUUUAGAUCACUUUAUCACCCUAAGCGUUUUGUCACCGGUCGGAUCUGUACCCUGGGAGGGGCUUACAUGGACAACAUUCGAGGAUUUGAUACGGCCUUUUUCAAGAUUUCUCAGCAAGAGGCAAAUUCCAUGGACCCACAACAGAGGAUCUUACUUGAGGUUGUCUACGAAGCUAUCGAAGACUCGGGCAUGACCAUAGAGGAUCUACAGGCUUGCAGGACUGGCGUGUUUGUUGGGGUGAUGAAUCUCGACUACGGAGUGUUGGUAACGGACAAAAAUAACAUUAAAAACAUGGACCAAUUUGUAGCUACAGGGGUCACGGGCUCAAUAGUUUCCAACAGAAUAUCAUUUUGCUUCAAUUUUACCGGUCCAAGCUUCACUGUUGACACGGCGUGUUCGUCUUCCUUGACGGCUUUUAAACUCGCUAUCGACAAUCUACAAAAUGGAGACUGUGAAGCCGCAAUUGUGUGCGCCCCUAAUCUGAUCCUCAGUGAGAUUAUGCACAUGACAAACAGUUUGGCAGGUCUUCUCGCACCAGAUGGGCGCUGUAAAAGUUUUGACGCAUCUGGAGAUGGCUACGGCAGAGGCGAAGGGUUUGCUGCUGUUGUUCUCAAGUUGACUGAAACAGCUCUAACAGACGGAGAUGACAUCUAUUCUGAAGUUCUAGCCUGUGGUCUCAACAACGAUGGUGCAGACACUGUUCCAAUGACUGCCCCGAGCAGCCGAAGUCAGGCCAAACUGUUUCGUAUGGUGUUAGAGAGAUCAGGACUACAGGCCAAAGACGUCGAUUAUGUUGAAGCUCACGGAACUGGAACAGCCAUUGGAGACGUAGUCGAGACAACGUCAAUCUCCGAGGCAUACUGUGAGUCCAUUCCUCACCACAGUAGAGUACUCAGGGUCGGUUCUGUCAAGUCAAACUUAAAUCACACAGAAUCGACAUCUGGACUUGCUGGUCUUAUUAAGCUUGCACUGAUGAUCAAGAACCAAUCUUAUGUCCCGACAAUAAAUGUGCAUACGCUGAACCCAAGACUGAAGCUCGCCGAAAAGGGUCUGAUGAUCCAGACGGUGGCAGAGAGAUGGGAGAGAAGAGACGGUAAACCGAGGAUAGGCGCUGUGAGUUCCUACGGUUUUGGAGGCAGCAAUGCUCAUACUAUAUUGCGUGAGAUCAAUUCAUCCUCGGAGUCUUCUUCAUUAUCAUCUUCACAAACAGCAACACAUGUUUUAACGUUAUCGGCUCGAUGCAAGGACAGUUUGAGAGGGGCCGCACAAUCAAUUGCUAAAUGGUUAACAGAGCAUGAAGACCUCAGAUUAGGUCUGUAUGACAUCUGUUAUUCGUUGAACGAGAGAAGGACCCUUCACUCCCAUCGAAUAGCAAUCUCAUGCGAGACGACCGAUGAAGUUAUCAAACUGCUGAAUGACUUUGCGCAAGACAACAAGGGAUGGGAGAAGAAAGUUACUUAUGGAGUCUCCAGAGAAGAGAGUCAGAAACUAGUGUUCAUGUUUGGUGGGCAAGGACCUCAGUGGUACGGUAUGGGAAAGCAGUUGAUUGAAAACGAACCAAAGUUCUUGAAAACAAUACUUGAAGUCGGAAAAUUGCUCAAGGAAAUGGGAGAAGGAUGGGACCUCGUGAAUGAGCUGAACGCAAGCGAGGAAAACUCUCGGCUUCAAGAAUUAGUCAUCGGACAAACAGCAACAUUUGCAUUGCAAUACGCAAUUGCACGCCUACUUAUCUCAUGGGGCAUCUAUCCUUCUGCAGUUAUUGGUCAUAGUUUAGGAGAGUUUGCAGCGUCUGUUGUUGCCGGGGCCCUCUCCUUGAAAGAUGCUCUCAGUGUGGUGCUAUUACGUGCGAAGCUGCAGGAACGAUGCCCGAGUAAUGGGGCAAUGGCUGCCCUGGGGAUGUCCAAAGAAGAGGCACAUUCACUUCUGGAAGAGCUCAAACUUGAAAACACCCUGAGUAUAGCUGCCGUUAACGACGCAAAGAGUGUGACUCUCUCUGGUGAUAGAGAUUCCAUAGAAGCCUUCGGCGAUUACAUGACUGUAAAUGGCAUCAAAUGCUUUUGGAAAGUGCUCAACACACCUCGCGCAUUCCAUAGCUUUCACAUGGCGCUGAUUGAGGGAACGUUUCUGCAGGAAGCCGCAAGAAAACGUCUAGCCCCCAAAGAUACUGCCAUCGCUUUCUACUCCACCGUGGAAGGUGAGGUCGUUGCUGGUAAAGAACUCGGCCACCAGUACUGGUGGAGGAACAUCCGUCAACCAGUGGAAUUCAGAAAAGCCACGACAAACCUUUUGCGGGACGGCUACAGAGAGAUCGUCGAGAUCGGCGCGCAACCCACAUUAGGUCACUAUGUGAAGCAAAUCUCAACGCAAGAGCAACUACAAGACGAUGAUAAGCCAUUCGUCAUUCCCACACUUCCGCGAAAAAGUGUCACCGAACAACACAAAGCUUUCUUACAGAACACCGUAUGCGAGCUUUUUGCUUCUGGCUAUCCUGUGCAACUAAAUUGCGUAAGAUCAAGUAGUACCCACUGUAAGUUUAUUCGUUUGCCCAACUACGUCUGGCAGGACAAGGAAUGCUGGUUCAGAACAAAAGAUCCGGAGAAAGAGGUUCUACCGCUAGACGGGACGCAAAGUACCUACACCCAAAGACCUGCUCACCCGUUCAUUGGUGCAAACGUGCAGACAAAGCCGUUUACUGGAUUAUCCUGUUGGACAACUGAGAUCGACACAUUCAGAUUGCCAUAUCUGAAAGACCACGCCCUCACCCAGGGCGGAGCUAUCAUGCCAGGUGUGACGUAUCUCGAGAUGGCUUUUGCAAUGGCUACGCAGAGGUUCAUGUGCAGUUCACUAGAACUGAGGGAUGUCAAACUUUUGAGCCUUCUUACCUUGCCAGAGGGCCAGGUAAGGAGUCUCAGACUUCGUUUGGUAAAUGACCCCUCAGCGGCUGAUGAGGCUGGGUAUCAGAUCACGAGUGUGCAAGAGGAUCAGACGGAGCUGCUACUGUCCAGUGGGCGGAUGAGAUGCGUUGCAGAGCAGAAACAAACAGAUGACAAAAGUGACAACCUCGAGACGAUUGGUGACAGCGUUAAGUCGUUGAUUAAUCAAAUGAAGCCCUUCUCGGUCGAAGAAUUCCAUGAUCUAACCAAACAGUUUGGUUUCUCCUACGGGCCUUCAUUUUCUGUGAUCAAACACAUAUGGAAGGGAGAAAGUGAAGGCCUAUGUCUGAUUCAGUUGGAGGAGACCUUAUCAAAAGAGCAACACAAGUACAUUAUCCACCCGUCUAUCCUUGAUGCCUGUCUACAAUCCUGCUUUGUUCCAAUAUCCGAUGUUGAGAUUUCGAACAAAUCCAUCGUGCCUGUUGGAUGGGAUAGCGUGACAGUCAUUCGCUCGGAAACCCCACAGCAGGUUCUCUGUCAUGUCAAAAGUGACCCUGAGAAGUGGGGUCACUUUGAUAUCACACAAAUGACUCUAAGUGGGAAGCCUAUUAUGAAAAUGAAAGGGUUUCGAAUCGCUGAGCUAAAUGUGUCCGGCAAAGCAGAAGAGGCCAAUCUUGACAGCAUAUGCUACAAUGUCACAUGGCAAGAAUCGGACUUCCCCGAAACAAAGCAAGACUCACUAAGCGAGACAGUGUGUGUUGUACUUGAAGAUUCUCAAGGGUUUGCAGACGAGUUCUGUAAAGAGUUACGAAAGCAAGGUGCAGAGAUACAUACAGUGGAGGUACCAGAAAGUAACAACUUCAACACGAAGGAUGAGGAGCAAAAAGUCCGAAAGGUCGUCGAGGAGGCCAUUCGGAGGUCCAACGAGGCAAGCAAGUCCCUACAUGUUAUCAACUUCUGGCCUUUGCAAGCCAAUAUCUUACCUGAGUCAUACAACUACAUUGACCAGGCUCAAAAUAUGUCCUUGAGGAGUUCCCUGUAUGUGCUGAAGAUGAUGUUCGAUGUUGACUUGUCUAAGGCACAGCUAACGAUGGUUACAAAGGCAACCCAAUAUGUCUCCGAGAAAGAGAAACUGGAAAAAGUUCCUAUACCGUGGUCUUCGAUCGUGUGGGGAAUGAGAAGAACAGCUUCUCUUGAGACAAAGACAAUGAGCGUUAAGGCAGUUGAUUUGAGCGAAAUGAACACGUCGGGAGAACUCACUCUACUCAUCAAAGAGGUAUUAUCUGAGGACCACGAGAUGGAAGUUGCUUUCAGAGAUGGCAAACGGUAUGUGAAUCGUUAUGUCCGAUUGUCUGCUGAGGAUGUUACUCGAGAUCUUGCCUCAAACAAAGCAAGAAAGAGUGACCAGAGCUUUUACAUUGUGAUGAAGAACAAGGAAGAUCAACGUCUAGAGCUCAAAGCGCAAACGACGGCAAAGAUUCUGAAAGGUGAUGUCGAGGUGAAAAUGUUUAACAUAUUUUCACCCACUGAGCAAAUAAGUGAUUUUGCCAAUGGAUCAGGCUACGUUGCCUUUAGCGGAUCUGUGCAAAACGUCAACUCAGAUAGUAAGCGUUUCAAGGUUAAUGACAAAGUUUGUGGCAUCAUGAGGCCACGACGAGUGGGCAGCAGAGUUCGGGUACCAGAGUCAAGCUUGAUGCUGCAACCCGAGAGUUUAGACGACAACAAGGCAGCGACACUCCCCUUCUGCAUUCUUACAGCCUCAAAAGUACUGCAUCGCACGCUCGAAAAAAAGCAAAAUAGCUUAGUACUGAUCCACGAGGCAGACAAUGCAAUUGGAUACACCGCAGCAGCUAUUGCAACGGCCAUUGGACACAAGGUCGUGUGUACAACAACACACACAGGUAGCGACAACAUCAAAAGCCUGCUGCUUGGAAUCGGUGCUGUGAGCAUCGCGGAUGCAAGUUGUCUUGAUCUCGAUGCGAAAUAUGACGGGAAGUUUGAUGUUGUGCUCUUCAUGUCACUUCCAAGACCCGGCUCUCUGCAGUACAGCUACAAUGGUCUGAAAGCGAAGGGAAAGCUUGUCAUUGCUUGCGAAGGCUUUAGUGGGCAGGUCAUCCUCCCCGGCGAAAAGUCAAUCAGCUAUGACAGAAUCAAUCCAAGUGAGAUCUUAACAGAGAAAAAGAAUCUCCGAGAAGAAUGGAAUGCGAUUCAGUCGCUGCUACUAACAACUGGUAUGCUGCAAAAGCUGAGUAACGUACCUCAGACAGCGAAAUGUGUGUUAAGCGCAAUCCAUGACUGGAAUGAUAAAAUGAUUCCAGAAACUCCUGGCGUUUUCAAGUCUUUUGUUUUUAAGCAACAUGAAGGACUAUCCCUCGAGAUUCCAGGUGUUGAUAGCUUUGGACUCAAAGGUGACCGGACGUACAUGGUAGCUGGAGGAGUACGAGGGUUCGGUUUUGUGGUCGCCCGAUGGAUGGCAGAGAAUGGCGCAAACACGAUCGUUCUUCUUGGGAGAUCGCCGCCUGAUGAGGCUAAGAAACAGGAAGUUCGAGAACUUGAGGAGAGAACAGGGGCAAGAAUCGUCAUCCUCCAAGUCGAUUUAUCGAGUGAGGAGCACAUGAAUGCCUUGGAGUUGAAGCUGCGAGAGUUACCUAGCGUGGCUGGCAUCGUGCUAACUGCGAUGGUUCUUAGAGACAAUCUAAUCAGUUUAAUGGAGCUCAACAGCUUUAGAGACGUACUUGCACCAAAAGUCAAAGGAGCGUUCCUGCUUCACAGGAUGAGCCUCCAGAUGGACCUCGACUUUUUCGUCAUGUUCUCUUCGUUGUCAUCCGUCAUUGGGAACACAGGCCAGUCCGCAUACUCUGCUGGGAACGCCUUCCAGGAUUCCUUGGCCGCGUACCGGCGGCAUGUGCUUGGUCUACCUGGGCUGGCUAUUAACUGGGGGCCUAUUGGUGGUGCCGGUGUGAUGACGAGGGAGAAGAAGAUUGUGGAUCUAUUGUCAUCGGCUGGGUUCGACAUGCUUGAUGCAAACAAAGGUGCAAAGUUAAUGGGUCAGAUAAUGUGUUGUCAGCCUAGCAGAUGUCAGGUGUCCCUCAUCGAGAUGAGAUGGGCGCAACAUUUGAAGCAAAAUGCAAAUUUGGCGCGCUCAAUUCGUGUAGAGAGCCUUAAGAAGGAGGCAGACACUGGUGAUCAGCAAUCAGGAGCAGUGAACUCCCUAGCGUCUCGUAUUCUACUAGAGAGGGACACAGUUAAGAAGAGUAGCAUGAUAGAAGAUUUUGUGUACACGACCUUAGCAUACUGGGCUGGUAUAGAUUCUUUUUCUGAGGCAGAGAAGACUACAAGCUUGUACAGCUUUGGAGUUGACUCCACGGCUGCUCUCACACUUAAGAUGUUAUUUGAGGGCACGCUUGAUGUGUCCUUUGAGGUGUUCUAUUUUAUGCAGCCCGAUACAACGGCGGUAAAAAUCGUGCGGGAUAUCACUGACAUUCUAUGUGAGCCCGCGGACACCCCUGAGCCCGCGAAUCAGACGGAACCCGGACCAGUGGAUAAGUCGGGCGAGGCAGAGGAAAGUUCACAUCCUUCUAGACCAGGAAGGAGUUUCAAAUACUCUCAUACAAGAUCAAAAUCUGUGAAAAUCAAAUCAAAGAAUGAGGCUAAUGGGGUAGCCCACCCUUCCCAGUCUCCAGUGCAAGUUGUACCGAUCUACACUCCUGAGAAGGCCGAGAUCAAAUUCUUCUGCGUCCAUCCGUCACAUCGAUACGCCAUGAGCCUGGCGCCUUUCGCUACGGGAUUCAGAUACCAGGAACUUGUAUCGAUGUACGCCAUUGGAUUUACUGAGCCCACGGAACAAUGCCAUUGGGACAGCGUACGUCAGCUUGCUAUGGAGUACACGCACCUUAUUCGUGAGGAGCAAAGACAUGGGCCCUAUUUCCUAGGAGGAUAUUCCUUUGGAGGCCUGGUCGCAUACGAAAUGGCAUCUAUACUGACAGAGCAGAACGAGAGGGUGGAGUUUGUUUGUAUGAUCGACACCUAUGCCUGGUUACCAGCCUCCGGUGGCUUCGGGAGACUCGCUUCAUGGUUCUCGACGGGUCUUACACCGGAAGAACAAGUCGAGCUUCAGUUUGAGGCUUAUCUGAACAAGCUCGCUGUUAAGAGCUUAAAGAUGAAGGAAGAAGAAUGUCGGAGUCUGCGAGCCGAACACUCGAUCACACGAGUGAUAGAACUCCUUCAACAGCGUAGCCGCGAUCUUGAUGUACCCCUGUACGACCUGCAAACCAUGUGGGACAGCCUGAUGCAUGAUCAGGUCACCGCGAGCAAGACCCAUGACAAAUGGGAACCGCCAGAGAUACAAUACGAAGGCCCGGUCACAUACCUACGUAGCGAAAACCCCAAAUUCUCCCCAACUCUUCCUCAGUACAAGACAUCCGAUAAAGCUUGGGCCGAGGUUCUUACUGGCCCAAUGGAUGUGUGCAUUUGCCCGGGGGAUCACUUUUCCAUGGGCGAGCUUCCUCAUGCACGCCCAGUAGGCAUGAUUCUCGCAAACUCGAUAAGCAUUCGGUACCGAACACUGUUUCCGGAGCUGUAUCGAUUUGAGCUGGAUUAUAAGCAGAGAAGAGCCGUGAGAAGAUUUACCGAAGGCGUGUCAGUCAUCCGCUUUUCAAAAAAAGAACGCUCACUCAGCAAGCCAGGAAAGCUGUUUGUCGACCAUGAGAACCAAGAGCUGAAAUUCUUUCGCACGGAGCAUCUUAACAAGACGACAGCUGGCAAGAUAAUUUUACUCAAAGAUAUCCGUUCGGUUCUUCCCGGAAAAUAUGUCCGCAAUGCCAUCAAACAAUGGAUGAACAAGAAGAAAAUGAAGAGCGGACAAGUCUGUGACCUGCGCAAUGUUGUAGCCGUCUUCGCGGCUGACCGUACGCAUAACUUCGAGUUCGCCGAAAGCGCGCAUGCGCAAAUGUUUGUGACUAUGAUUGAGGGGUUAUUCAACGUCAAGACGAUGCCCUUUUAAGGAUAUACCGCGGAUCAAGACUGCUUGAUCUGACAGAAAAAAACACCACUAUCAACGCUACAUCCUUCUGUGGGUACAACUAAAGCAUAUAGUUGAUGGAUUUGCUUUGAAAGAUCAUCACUAUCAACCAUCACUACCGCUAUCGACCAUAAGAUAAGCAAAUAGGUGGUGGGGAGGGUAGGGGGUUAGUUAAACUUGCUGCAUAUGAAGAAAACGUUGUCGUUUUGGGAUCUGGUAAAGAGGAACAUUAGCUUCUCUUUAGACCUUCUCCAUCGACUAAAGAUGGUCAACACACUGUUUUCCUUUUUUGAUUACCUUAAAAAUGACAAGAAUCAUGCAUUUUUUCCAAAUAAGGAAUAUAUUAGUUUCCCUAUAUGGAAGUGACCGGGUUAUUCAACGUCAAGACGAUGCCCUUUUAAGGAUAUACCGCGGAUCAAGACUGCUUGAUCUGACAGAAAAAAACACCACUAUCAACGCUACAUCCUUCUGUGAGUACAACUAAAGCAUAUAGUUGAUGGAUUUGCUUUGAAAGAUCAUCACUAUCAACCAUCACUACCGCUAUCGACCAUAUUUGGCACACUCCUCAGACAUUACAAAAGUGACACAUUUUUUGUUUAUGUGAAAUAAUUACCACUGUAAGCCUAGAACUUUUAUAGCAACCCUUGAAAAGCAUUGGAAAAUAAGAUAAGCAAAUAGGUGGUGGGGAGGGUAGGGGGUUAGUUAAACUUGCUGCAUAUGAAGAAAACGUUGUCGUUUUGGGAUCUGGUAAAGAGGAACAUUAGCUUCUCUUUAGACCUUCUCCAUCGACUAAAGAUGGUCAACACACUGUUUUCCUUUUUUGAUUACCUUAAAAAUGACAAGAAUCAUGCAUUUUUUCCAAAUAAGGAAUAUAUUAGUUUCCCUAUAUGGAAGUGACCGCGUUUGGCAAAAUCGACAAUUUUUGGCUAAAUUUUCUUGAUAUGCACUUACUACAAUUCAUUUCUUGGCCCCUGCAACAUCAUGUAAAAGCGGGCUAUCAUUACUUAGGUCUUAUUAGAUAUAUCCGUGCGUUAAAGUGGCCACUACGAAUAGCUAUAGGUAGGUCUGCAAAUCAGGGAAGCCGUAUGCGUAUGAACGGGUUACCUGUGGAUGGAAAUUACAUUGUAACUUUAUUUUAACACGAUAAAAAAAUCAGGACAUAGUAAUGUGAUUAAUAAAAAAACUAUCUACCCUUACUUUAGUAAGCCUAAGAAUAAUAAAUAUAUUAUCAUAAUAGUAUCUAUAUUCAUUAUGAAAUUGUGUUAAGGAUUCUGUUUGUAGAAGAAAUAAAGGCAAUCCAUUCCA